AUGAUCUCACGGGUGCGCGUGAACGCGGCCGGUCACCCGCUGCUUGCUGAGCUCAUAGUUGCGCGGUGCCGUCGGCUGCUGCGCUGGCCACGGUGCUCCUUCCCGGGACGCGCAUCCGCUCGGGAAUUCAGACGCCUGUUUGCUUGCGCCACCUCUCGGCGGGAGGCGCUGCUCAGCAACUCCAGAGAUCGAGCUGGGCUGAGGGUGCAGGCCGGCAGAGGCCGGCGGGGAGCGGCCGGGGCUAUGCUGGGCAAGGAUUACAUGCUGGCUAUAAUUCUGGUCAAUUGCGAUGAUGACUUGUGGGGGGACCAGAGUCUCGAGGGAGAGCCAGGCCUGCCCCCUGGCUGGAGGAAGAUCCACGAUGCUGCGGGUACUUACUAUUGGCACGUACCCAGUGGUAGUACCCAGUGGCAGCGCCCAACCUGGGAGCCAGGAGAUGCAGAGGACCCAGGCACGAGGAUGGACGGGAUUUGGGGACUUCGGCCCCCCAAGGGGAGAUCCUUCUCCAGCCUGGAGAGCUCACUGGACCGGAGUAACUCUCUGUCCUGGUAUGGUGAGGAAUCCUACAUCCAGAGCAUGGAACCUGGGGCCAAGUGCUUCGCAGUCCGCUCUCUGGGGUGGGUAGAGGUACCCGAAGAGGACCUGGUACCAGGGAAGAGCAGUAUUGCAGUCAAUAACUGCAUCCAGCAGCUGGCCCAGACCCGCAGCCGGAGCCAGCCUCCAGAUGGUGCCUGGGGCGAGGGCCAGAACAUGUUAAUGAUCCUGAAGAAGGAUGCCAUGAGCUUGGUGAAUCCGCUGGACCACAGUCUGAUCCACUGCCAGCCUCUGGUGCACAUCCGUGUAUGGGGUGUGGGCAGCUCCAAGGGCCGUGACAGGGACUUUGCUUUUGUGGCGGGUGACAAAGACAGCUGUAUGCUCAAGUGCCAUGUGUUUCGCUGUGACGUCCCUGCCAAGGCCAUCGCCAGUGCCCUACAUGGGCUCUGUGCCCAGAUCUUGUCAGAGCGAGUGGGGGUCAGUGGUGAUUCCUCUUGCUGUUCCCUAGACCCAAUCUCCCCUGAAGAUCUGCCAAGGCAAGUGGAGCUGCUGGAUGCGGUGAGCCAGGCUGCUCAGAAGUAUGAGGCACUGUACAUGGGGACCCUGCCAGUCACCAAAGCCAUGGGAAUGGAUGUGCUGAACGAGGCCAUUGGUAUCCUCACCACCCGGGGGGACCGGGAUUCCUGGGUCCCCGCCAUGCUCAGUGUGUCUGACUCUCUCAUGACUGCACAUCCCAUUCAGGCAGAGGCUGAUGCAGAGGAGGAACCACUAUGGCAGUGCCCUGUGCGCCUUGUGACCUUUAUUGGUGUUGGCCGCGACCCACACACCUUUGGCCUCAUUGCUGACCUGGGCCGACAGAGCUUCCAGUGCGCGGCCUUCUGGUGCCAGCCUCAUGCAGGGGGACUCUCCGAAGCUGUGCAGGCUGCUUGCAUGGUUCAGUACCAGAAGUGUCUUGUGGCCUCUGCAGCUCGAGGCAAGGCCUGGGGUGCCCAGGCCCGUGCCCGCCUGCGGCUCAAGCGGACCAGCUCUGUGGACUCCCCAGGAGGUCCCCUGCCUCUCCCCUUACUCAAAGGAGGGGUUGGGGGUGCAGGGGCUGCCCCUCGAAAGCGGGGCAUCUUCUCUUUUCUUGAUGCCUUCCGACUGAAACCCUCUCUGCUCCAUAUGUCCUAAAUUGAUCUGGGAUGACUGGGUAAAGAGGCUCUGGGUCCAUGCCCAAUCUCUACCCCUUCGUUCCCCAGUGGCCUGCAGCCUCUCACCCUUUGGAGCCUUCUGCCUGUCCCUCCAACCUUGUGCACCCUCUAUUUAUUGCCCAAUUUAUUGUUUAUAUGAGUAACUGAGAGGCCCUGCACCACAACCUAGGACCCUGGCUCUCCUUUCCCUGGGUCCCUGUGUUCCUUGCCCCGUCCAGCCCUGGACAGUUGGCUCUACCUCAGCAACACUUUAUAGCAAAAUCAGUAUAAAUAAAAAUCCCUCAGUGACCUCACUGGGUGUGAGUAUAUUGGGCCUGCGACAGGGUUGGGGGGUUAACCUGUGUGAAGCGUCUGCGUCUGUGCUUGGUGUUGGCGGCUGCCUGUAGCCACAUGAGGGCAUGGGUGUGAUGGAAAUCUGACUUCAUUCAAUAAAUAUAUUUUUAAAUGUC